UGAAGAACCGGUUGAUUUAAAUGAAAAAGCUUGAAAAGGUUUCGGGCGUGAUAUAUACGCAGGAAACUCACUUCAAGUGAACGAAACUUUAAAAAGUAUGCAUUAAGAUUCACAUUAUAAAUAUGUUGUGUGGAUGAAAAGUUUAAUGACCAUGCUUCCUAUGGAUAUAAUGUAGCAACGAUUAAGUGACUAUAAUCAUAAACAGCAAGUAUUUAACUUUGUGUUGUCUUGCAUAACCGCGUUCAUUUUUAAAGCGUACCUGUCAGAUUACAUUUAAUGAGGAAAACAAUUUAUGCACAUGCUGCGGGUCCAAAUAACGGCUUUGCUUCAAUACAAUUUGUACGUAUAGUGUAAGUCUUGUGAAGUAACAAUGCCGUCUGAACGUGAAGUAAUGGCACAUAAAGCACAGUUGUGUGAACUUUCAAGCCGAUAUCACGAAAUGGUAGACGUAAUGCGUGACUUAGUGGCAUCCUUGCCAGUCAUGCAAAAACUUAAUGCCCAGGAACGAAAAUUAUUGGCGGUUGCAUACAAACAUGAAAUCGCACACAGACGAAAAGGUUUAAAGACUAUAAAUAAACUUGUCGGCUCUCCGGAUUUGACGAUGCAAAAGAGAACUAUUGUGAAUGAUUACAAGGCAAUGUUAAAACAAGAAAUGCGCAAUCUCUGUGAGGAUCUUAUUAAAAUGCUAAACACUAAGUUACUUCCCGGAAUAAACGAGCCCGAAUCGGAUAUUUUCUUCCAUAAAAUGAAGGGAGACUACUACAGAUAUCUGUGCGAAACUGAGGAGGACGAAGUUAAGCUUGCUGUGUAUAUUGGCGAAAUCAGGCAGCACUAUCAAGUUGCCACGGAGUAUGCAGAACGUAGUAUGGCGGCCACUCAUCCCCUUCGCCUAGGUCUCGCUAUGAAUUACUCGGUCUUCAUCAAUGAAAUGCUUGACAAUCGCACUGAAGCACGUGACCAUGCCAAGCGUUUCUAUGACCAGGCUCUUGACGAAAUGGAAAGCGUUCGUGAGGUGGACAUCGACAAGUAUAACGAGUGUGCGUAUCUUCUGAAACUGCUACAUGAUAAUAUCAAAGUCUGGACCACGGAGCCGGAUCGUUCUACGUUGUUUCUACCAACACAAACAAGCCAUUUUGCUGCAAAGGACUUUUAGACUAAGACAAAACAUACCGCCGCGGACAUCUAUGGGCAAGGACAGAUACUAUAAUUAAUAAUUAUUCUGAAGUUUUAUCUGGCAAUUCAGCAGAAGAAUGCAUACAUUUUACACAUUCAAUGAGUAGUUGAAGUGGAAUUGUUUUUUUAUUGAUAAUUUUAUAAUACAUGCAACUAGACAUAUUCGCAUUUCUUUUUAACUAUCCACGCUUCUAGUUUAUUCAAAUAUGCCCAUACAUAAUCGCUUUCAACAGUAAAAUCAUUUAUUCUCUUCACAACUUAUUAUGCUUUCGUUGCUGUGUCAUGUUGUUGUUUUUUGUGGUUUUGUUUGCUUCUUACCAAACAUCAACAAUGCGAUAACAUUCUGAAAUUAUAAAAAAAAUCA